AUGUCUGAAGUAAUCAUCGAUCGGAUGCCUUCCAACUUUUUGAACGACGACACAGACAAAUCCAGUUUCCCAAAUGUGACUAGGCUAAGCUUUGUUGAUGUCAAAAUACUUGAUUCUGAACAUUAUACACAAUCGUAUUGCCUCGGGAUGUUGGCCAGGAGAUGUCCAGGAUUACGUUCACUGUAUUUUAAUGAUAUCAUUGAGAAAAGCAGGUUUAAGCGGCAAACACAUAUUGAUUUCUACAAAUCAGCAUUCCUUCGUCGUCCACUACUAGCAGAUGAACACAAGAAUUUGGAGGAUGGACUGCACCAUAUUGACCCAUAUAGCUUCCAUAUUACAUACGAAGAGGCUGAUGGUACUGUUCAAGCGAUCUUGUCUAAUUGUCCACGUUUGAAGGAACUGAUAGGAUCUAAAAUCACAGUGACAGAAAUCGUCAAAGGAGUAGAAUGGGUUAGCACUAACCUCAUUCUUUUGGCCAUCCAGCUUGAAGCUGAUGUUGAGAGAUGCACGUUGGAAGGCAUGGAGAAGCAGCGUAUUGUGUUUAGACAGCUAGGCAGGUUGACCCGAUUACAGAAACUUGCUUUGACAGGGGCAUACACAUACUAUUAUGAUAAUGGAACAUUAGACUUGACGUUAAGAGCAGGUCUGGAUGAAUUAGUCAAUUUGAAGCAGUUGUCAGAAUUCCCAAAUGAUCGCCGCCAGUUUAUGGAAUAUGGAGAUGCCACAUGGAUUAUAUACAAUUGGCCAAGUAUUUCUGAGCUGAAUGGCCUUGUGAAUUGCGAGGAUUCGAAGGAUGAAGUAGCUGACUUACUCCGUUCGCACCAUAUUGCGUUAUCCGAUUCUUCUUACCAAAAGGAAUAA